GGCGGGUGAAGCCGGUGCGGAGCGGAGUCGCGCCCAUGGGCGCCGGGCCCUGACGCGGCCCAUGGAGGCGCCGGGCGCCGCGAGGGCGGCCGUGGCCGAGGUGCGCUGCCCGGGCCCCGGGCCGCUGCGCCUGAGCGAGUGGCGGGUGGCGGCGGGCGCGGCCGUGCGCAUCGGCUCGGUGCUGGCCGUGUGCGAGGCCGCCGCCUCCGCGCCGCCCUCCGGGCUCGGGCCGGGCCGCGCGGCCGCCGAGCGCAGGCUGAGGUCGGAGCGCGCCGGCGUGGUGCGGGAGCUGUGCGCGCAGCCGGGCCAGCUGCUGGCGCCGGGAGCGGUCCUGCUGCGGCUAGAAGAAUGCAGCCACCCGGUGGUCAUGAAGGGCUUGUGCGCGGAGUGUGGCCAGGACCUGACGCAGCUGCAGAGCAAGAACGGGAAGCAGCAGGUGCCUCUGUCCACGGCCACCGUGUCCAUGGUGCACAGCGUCCCCGAGCUGAUGGUGAGCUCGGAGCAAGCAGAGCAGCUCGGGAGGGAGGAUCAGCAGCGGCUGCACCGGAACCGGAAGCUGGUGCUCAUGGUGGACCUGGACCAGACCCUGAUCCACACCACAGAGCAGCACGGCCAGCACAUGUCCAGCAAGGGCAUCUUCCACUUCCAGCUGGGCCGUGGCGAGCCGAUGCUGCAUACCCGCUUGCGGCCACACUGCAAGGAGUUCUUGGAGAAGAUCGCCAGGCUGUACGAGCUGCACGUCUUCACCUUCGGCAGCAGGCUGUACGCGCACACGAUCGCAGGCUUUUUAGAUCCCGAGAAGAAGCUUUUUUCUCAUCGGAUCUUGUCAAGGGAUGAAUGUAUCGAUCCGUUCUCUAAGACAGGCAACCUCAGAAACCUCUUCCCGUGCGGAGACUCCAUGGUGUGCAUCAUUGACGACCGGGAAGACGUCUGGAAGUUCGCCCCCAACCUGAUAACGGUGAAGAAAUACGUGUACUUCCAGGGCACGGGCGACAUCCACGCGCCCCCCGCCCCCCGGGAGCCCCCUGCCCGCAGGAGAGUGAAUCAUUCUCCCAAGGGCACCGAAGCCCCAGAGCACGUCUCGUCCAGCAGAGACUCUGAGCACGUUUCUGGGGUGGAGCAGAGUAACGGCCUUGGGAGACCCCCGAGGGACUGGCCCGCCCCUGCUCAAACGGAGGAGAGGGGCCCCCGGCCCAGCCCUCGUGCCGACAGGGGCCCUCCUGCGUGCCCCCAGCCACCCGCGCGGACGCUGGCGGAAGAGCGGCCCGCUCAGGGCCCGGCAGGCAGCGACCUGCACUUCGACCUCUCCAGCGACAGCGCGAGCAGCAGCGAGUCUGAGGGCCGCUCGUCCUCCGCCUCCGAGGGCGAGAGCGGGGAGCCCAGGAGCCGCCGGAGACCCAAGGCCGCGCGGGGCACGGGGAGGCUGGCGGGGCCCAACCACUGUGGCGACGCGGCAGACGUGCUGGAGGAGGGCGAGCGGGACGGGCUGUGCGGGCUGGGUGGGGGCGGUGCCGACAGGAAGGAGGCCGAGACCGAGUCUCAGAACAGCGAGCAGUCGGGCAUCACAGUGGGCGAGUCCCUGGACCAGAGCGUGGAGGAGGAGGAGGAGGAGGAGGACACAGACGCCGAUGACCACCUGGUCUACCUCGAGGAGAUCCUGGCCCGAGUGCACUCCGACUACUAUGCCAAGUACGACCGCUUCCUCCAGGGAGACCUCCCGGAAGCCCCGGACAUACGGAAGAUCGUCCCCGAACUCAAGAGCAAAGUGCUGGCUGAUGUGGCCAUCCUCUUCAGCGGGCUGCACCCCACCAACUUCCCCAUCGAGAAGACCCGGGAGCACUACCACGCCUCGGCCCUGGGCGCCAGGAUCCUCACGCAGCUGGUGCUGGACCCCGACGACCCCGACAGGCCCACUCACCUGGUGGCCGCCCGGGCUGGCACGGAGAAGGUGCGGCAGGCGCAGGAGUGCGGGCAGCUGCACGUCGUCAACCCCGACUGGCUGUGGAGCUGCCUGGAGCGCUGGGACCGCGUGGAGGAGCAGCUCUUCCCCCUUAGGGAGGACUACGGCCGGGCGCCACGGGAGGACAGCCCUGCAGCCUUCCCCGACAGGCAGGGCGUGCUGCCCCCCGCCUUGUUCCACCCGACCCCCGUCCACCCCCGGGUGCAGCCUGGCCCCGAGCUCCGCAUCUAUGACGCCAACACAGGCAAACUCAUCCGGAAGGGGGCUGCGGGCCCGGGGCCCCCUGCCUCCUUGCCCGUCCACGGAGAACACUCGUCCUUCAGAGUUGUUCAGCCACCUCAGCAGCAGAUGUUUGGUGAAGAGCUACCAGAAAACCAGGAUGGACCACAGCCAGGCCCUUCCAGGAGGAAACGACAGCCCAGCCUGUCGGAGACGCUGCCGCUGUACACGCUGUGUAAGGAGGACUUAGAAAGUAUGGACAAAGAAGUGGACGACAUCCUGGGAGAAGGCAGUGAUGACAGCGACAGCGAGAAGAGGAGGCCGGAGGAGGAGCCCGAGCGGAGCCCUGAGCACAGGGAGCCCCCAGUCACAGGGGCCCCCAGGGGACACCCUGUGCUGUGUGCCACAUCCUGUGACAAGAACAUAGCAGAUGGACGUGGGCCCAGAGGCCACAAGAGGAAGCUGAUGGAGGCCGAGGCAGCCAGCGGGUCGAGCGGGGAGUCGAGCUGUGAGGACGAGGAUGAAGAGGGUAGCAGUUCGGAGGCGGACGAGAUGGCAGCUGCUCUGGAGGCAGAGCUCAGCGACCUCAUGUGAGCGGCGCAGCGCUUCCCACCACUGACUCGGUGCUCCACAGCCACGCCUCUGGGGGGUCGGGCGACGGUGCAGACCAGCAAGCAAGGUUCUGGGCGCUGCGCCCAGGACAGGGAAGACAGCGAGGCGCCCAGUGCCGGAGGACCCGAGUCACCGUCAGGCACCGGCCACUCCCCCAGGAGUCACCCAAAGGGCUGCCCCGGGGGAGCCUCACUUCCUUGGGGCCCCCAUGUAAAGUUUUGUAAAUCUCUUUCAUAGCUGACCCACCAAACAGAUUUUUCUUCAUUUAAUAAAAGUCCUUUUUGUAA